CAUGCAGAGACUGAAGGCGACGUCAACAAGCUCAUCAAUCUGAAGCUCAACGCUUCCUACACCUACCUGGCCCUGGGGAUGUAUUUUGACAGGGAUGAUGUCGCCUUGCCACACUUCUCCAGUUUUUUCCUGGAGCGCUCCAAGGAGGAGCGGGAACAGGCUGAGAAGCUGCUGGAAUACCAGAACACCAGAGGAGGCCGGAUUCUGCUUCAGACCAUCGCUAAACCGAGCAGGGAGGACUGGAGAGGCGGUCUGGAUGCGUUGACCUUCUCCCUGGACCACCAGAAGUCCCUGAACACCUUCAUCCUGGAUGUUCACCGCAGAGCCGACGGCAACAAAGACCCACAUCUGUGUGACUUCCUGGAGCGGGAGUUCCUCGUCGACAGCCACGACACCAUCAAGAAGCUGGGCGACUACAUCGGCAGCCUGACCCGCCUCUCCUCCUCCGAACCGCACGGCUCCAUGGCAGAAUACCUGUUCGACAGACACACACUCUAAAAAAGCAUUAAACAUCUCCAGCUGCUCACACUUCCAAAGAGGUCAAAGCUGCAUUUGUUUCCGUUGAAAAAAACAAACAAAAAAACCCCCAAAAUAUUUGCACAUUUAACCCCAAACUCCUUUAUUUCUGUACAAUAGGUCAAAUGUUAACUGAAAUGACCUCAACUUUUCUAAAUGAACCAGGAGCGUCAACAAUGUUCUGAAGUUGUAGCAGAGCCAUAAUUCUUGUAAUGAGCUGUUGCUGUGAAAUGAAUCAUGUUUGGUCUGU